UUGUGUGUGUUGAGUGCAGCUAACAAGACAAAAAAUUAUGUUGAAAAUGUUUAAGGUGAUUUUUGUGUUCAAUUAUCAGGAUUUACCAGCUAAAUUGGCGCAUCAGCCGUAGAGAAAUUACCGAGGGCAUCAGAAUCCAAAAAUAGGAAGAAGGAAUACCAGGGAUUGGUUUUAUUGUGCAUAUUUGUGAUUUAGAGACUUUAUUUUCUGUGGCAAUUAUAUAACGUGCAGAAGAAAAGACUGUGGCAAAAAGUGUUUUGUGAGAAAGUGUCCGGGGGAGUUUUCCGGGAGUUCGCGAUAAACUGUUAGUCCUCAAAGUGUAACAAAAAAGUGGCUGGUAAAAUGUGGUGAAAAGGCCAGAAGAAUAAAAAAAAAGUGUAACUUGAGGACUUCACACCGAAAAUCUGUGAAAGUGAGUUAGAGAAUCCCUCUGAGAGUGCAGUGAAAUUGUCCAGCAAUGGCCUACAAUCGCCCAGGAGAUCUGGAUGGCUUCAUAGCCCAGAUGGGGAAGGCUGACAUGAGGGUGAGAGCCCUUUUGGCUGAGGAUCUGGUCAAUUUCCUCAGUGACAGCGAAAAUGAGCUCAUCUGCUCAGAUCUGGGGAUGCUUAUUGACGGGCUCCAGCCUUGGCUCACAGGAAGUCAUUUCAAAAUUGCUCAGCGUGCACUUGAAGCACUUAGUGAAUUAAUUGGACGCUUAGGACAAGACUUCAAUGCAUAUACACCAACUGUAUUUCAAAAUGUGGUAGAUAGAUUGGGCGACAAUCGUGAUACUGUACGAGAAAAGGCUCAGCUUGUCCUACAGAAAUUGGUUGAGUAUCGAGUUUUAACGCCACAGCAAUUGCUGGAUAAAUUGACAACUUGCUUCAAGCAUAAGAAUUCAAAAGUUCGGGAAGAAUUUCUCAAGACAAUAGUUAAUACACUAAAUGAAUACGGUACUCAGUCCUUAUCACUGAAAAACUACAUUCAGCCAAUUGCUGAUCUUUUGGGUGAUCCAACGGCAUCAGUUCGUGAUGAAGCUGUGCAGACUUUGGUAGAGAUUUAUAAACAUGUUGGGGAAAAAUUGAGGGUGGAUUUGCAGAAGAAGGAUGUGCCAAUAUCAAAAUUAGCUGUAUUAGAGAGCAAAUUUGAUGAAAUUCGCAAUGAUGGCCUACUUCUGCCAUCAGCACUGACGUCACAUGCUCUGACCAAUUCAGAUGACAUUGAUACAGCAGCAAUGCCAAGACCUACGCGUCUCGUAAAACGUGUACCUUCGGCACCGUCUCGAAGACUCGCCGGAAUGGAUAGUUGUAGUGUGACACCCGGUGGGGAUUUGGCGGCGGGUGCUGUGUCUCAGGAGAUCUUUGAGGCAUGUUUCGAGGCUGUUCCGGCUGUUACGGUAUUUGGGGCUCGGGAUUUUGAGGAGAAGAUAAAGACCAUCAUCAAGUUGAUUGGAGACAAGACCAUGGACUGGGAGAAAAGAGUUGAUGCUCUUAAAAACAUCCGAUCUCUGCUGAUGUUGGGUCCUCAGACACAAACAACAAUGUUUCCACAGUAUCUGAAAGAUCUGUCAAUAGCAUUCCUCGAUAUAUUGAAAGAACUGCGAUCACAGGUGAUAAGGGAGGCAUGUAUAACAUUGGCAUACAUGUCCAAGACACUGAGGAAUAAAUUGGACCAAUUCUGCAUUUAUAUACUGCAAGAGUUGAUAAAUUUGAUUCAGAAUUCGGCAAAAGUGAUAUCAUCAGCUGGUACAAUAGCGCUCAAAUUUGUGAUCAGAUAUACCCAUGCACCAAAAUUGAUUCCAAUCAUCACGCAGAAUCUCAUGCAGUCAAAGUCCAAAGAUAUUCGAGCGACUCUGUGUGAGGUGAUGUUGUUGUUGUAUGAUGAAUGGGCCACGAAGACACUGGAGAGGAAUGCAACGGCACUUCGGGAUGCAUUGAAGAAGGGUUUAUGUGAUGCUGAUGUUGAUGCCAGGAGAUACAGCCGAAGGGCCUAUUGGUCAUUUCAGAGGCACUUUCCCUCCAUGGCGGGUGAAUUGUAUCAGCAGCUGGAUGUCACCACGCAGCGUGCUGUUGAGAGGGAGAGGGAGGAUGGCGGUGGCAACAAUGGAACAGGUUCGAUGAGUGCCAGUCUUCGUGGAAGCAAUAGCAGCUUAAAUUCAAUGCCUGGCUCUGUCUUACGACGAAAGCCAUCGUCUGGCCUCCGAAGUCCUGUUGCUAGUCCUUCAGAAGCCACAAGUACAAGCACGGAAAAUUUAUCGAGAUUGCAGAGAGUACCAUCAUUGCCACGUUCCUAUAACAGAAAUCGAAGUGGAAUCCCUGUGGCUCACAGAGAAAUGAUGCCCCCAAGAGCAAACUUCCGUAGUGUGUCAGCUCUUGAUACCCAAGCUGUCCAGAGGGCAAGAGCUAGGGCUCAGUAUUCAUCUCUGGCAAGGCUCAAAGUGACUUCGGGCACAGCUUCACUUCAAGGACAAAUGGCGCAACAAGCUCGUGCGAAAAAGACUGCAGCGACUCCAUCAUCACAGCAGCAAUCGCCGGAACAUCGGGGCGCAACUACUGGGCGACAGCCUUCGCGUUCAGGUGUCUCACAGUCCCAGCCAACGUCUCGGAGCACCUCGCCGUCUUCGAGACUUAAGGAGCCAUACGUGGGCUAUGCGACAUAUCGGCAGACGGGAACAGUGCCAAAGAAAGCCUCUGGCAUUCCAAGAUCUCUGGCCAAUUCACGUGAAACGAGUCCAACAAGGACGCAAUCGAGCGCAAUGAAGCGCAAUGUGUAUGGAAGCAAUCCCAGGAGGCCACCAAUAAAUCCUGGUAGACCUCUGAUGGCCCAGAAGAUUCUGCAGCAGAGCAGAGAGCAGGAGAAUGCUCUGGCGGAUGCGUUGUCGCCUGAAGAUGAUCUCAGUGCAGACUUCUCGAGGCUCAAUCGCAAAACGUCGCGUGAUGAGUCGGACGAGAGUGAAGCGUCCUCGGUGUGCUCUGACCGUAGCUUUGAUACCUUCCGACGCGGUGGGGAUACAUAUUCGUGGAAUGGUUCCCGAUCGCGUCUGGAUGGCUACAGACAGCCAAUUGAGGACAUUGAGUCGAUAAUUCAGUACUGUGCUUCGACUCAUUGGAACGAAAGGAAGGACGGUCUAGUGAGUUUGACACAGUAUCUGGCCGAAGGGAAGAUACUCAGUCAUCAGCAACUUCAAUGUGUACUGGAUCUGUUCAGGAAGAUGUUUAUGGAUACGCACACAAAAGUCUAUUCACUUUUUCUCGAUGCACUGAACGAGGUGAUUCUGGCUCAUUCAAUUGAUCUCCAUGAAUGGCUCUUCAUCCUACUCACGAGAUUAUUCCUGAAAUUGGGCACGGAAUUGCUUGGUUCGAUGCAAGGAAAAAUCUGGAAGACACUUGAUUUGGUGUAUGAAUACUUUCCGGGUGAUUUGCAGAUACAGAGUGUUUUUCGGAUUCUUGUGGAUACGGCACAGACUCCAAAUACUAAAGCACGAAUUUCCACCCUGAAAUUCCUCACGAAAUUGGCACAAUCUUACUGUCAAUCGACGCAAUUUUCGAUUCAGAAGCCCGCAGAAGCGGCAGUCAUUAAGAUCAUUCAGGCGUCGCAGGACAAAAAGAGCAUGGAGCUUAGGAAUCAGGCUCGAAAUUGUCUUUUUGCCCUGUACAAUUGUAAUAUGCAAAAUAUGACGACCAUACUUCAGGCUCUGCCCAAGGAGCACCAAGACAGCGCUAAAAGCGUCAUUCAGCAGUAUUUACGGAAAGGAACAGAUAGUCCAUCAUCUCCUCUUUCGUGUUCGAGUCCAAAACCGCAACUUAGCCCAAGUGGUCCAUAUAGUUUGCAAAAUAAUUCUAGUCCUCGUUCACGGCAAUCAUCAGUGGAGGCAUCUGAUCCGAUGAAUUCGGAAGAGGUGUACAAGAGUCUGAGAAAGACAACGGCAGAAAUUCAAAAUUACAGCUUUGAAUCAAAGUUAGAUAGGGACGCAAAUAGCAAAGAUUCAGGUAUCAGUCAAAUGGGCGGAGGAGAUCAUGUAACAGCUAUUCAAGCUUCUGAGCAGUACAUGCAAACACGAACAGCAUCUCCGGGAACGUUAGGUCUGACUCCUAUGCAAAAUGCCACAAAUGGUUUAAAUGGUCAUUUUAAUUUGGGAGAAAAGGAGGAUUCAUGCAAUGGAUCCAAGACACAAUCUGCCACCACGACGGAGUCCAAUACUCCAGAAAAUACUGUGAGAAUUGAUUCGACGGAUUGUCAUAAAGACAAACACAUCACAAGGGCAGACAUAUCCUUUGACCAGAAUGGUGAAGUCAUAAUUGAAAAAACUUUGAGGGAAAGUGAUAUUGUUCAAGCUGCAAUUAUGUUGAAGAUGGAUACACCACCAGCAACAGUGUCACAGAUUCUCAACAAUUUGUCCGCUUGUAUCACCCACGGAAACUGCAAACUGCCAAUUCAACAUUUCAAGAGUAUUAUGAAGAUGUUACUAAAUAUUUUGCAGUCAACAGAUGUGAUCAUUCUUAAAAGUGCCAUUCGAGCACUAUGCAAAGUAGUAAGGAGUGAGGCAAUGAAACCAUGCUGGAUUCAUUUCCUUGAGUUGAUCAUUCUAAAAAUUAUCGAUAGCUAUAGGACACAUAGAGAGGUGUCAACAUUUAUUGAGGUCUACAUACCAAACAUUGCUGCAGUUCUACCUCUCGAUCUAUCAAUCAAUAUCAUCAAUCCGGUCAUUGCUACUGGUGAAUUUCCAACGAAUCUGUGCGCCGUGAAAAUUCUCACGGAAUUAGCUUCGAAGCAGGGUGAGAAUUUUACUGAGCAUCACUUAGAUGUCAUAAUGCCAAACAUUGCGCUGUUGACCGAUGAUAAUCAUUCAAUGGUGAGGAAAGCGGCUGUCUUUUGUAUUGUUAAGCUGUAUCUUGUAAUGGGAGAGGAAAUAGUUAAACCGAAAUUUAGCAUGCUUACUGGCAGUAAAGUGAGACUCCUCAAUGUCUAUAUCAACAAAUUCAAGUCACCCAACAGUCAAGAUAAGUCAUCAUGAUCAAAUGCAAAGUGAUUACUAGCAAAGGGACGCUCUUGGGCACAGAAAUUCAGAAAGUUAGGAAAGAAAAUUAUCACAAUUGAUGAGUGAAUGAGAGAGAGUGAGUAAGAAUAAAAAAAGAGAGAAUAAUACUUUUAAUUAGACAUUAAUUAUAAUUUUUUAUACUGUUAUAAAUGUGAGUGAGAGUGAGGCAGAGUGCGAGAGAGAUUAUUUGAUGAACAAAAGAAAAUAGAAAAAAAAAUCAAGAAUUAAGUGUCUAAUGAUAGCGCAAAAAUUAUAUUCACAAUCUUAACUGCCUCCCCCCGGUAAUUCUUUUUUUUUUACACAAUGUUUAACAACGUAAUUUGUGUUUUCCCUUUUUUAUAGUGAUGUUCGUCAAUGCAAAUCUCACGAGAUAUAGAAAUGUGUUUUUUUUUUUAACAUCAAAUAGAAGACAAAGUUUUUGCGUGUUAGAUUUUUUUCUUUUUGUAACAAUUUUUGUCCGGAGAGCGCAAUUGUGGAAACGAAUUUUAUUUCGAUUUUGUUUUUCAAUCAAGAGACUUAAAAUAUUUCUUUCCUAAAAAAAAAAAAUGAUAAAGUGUUAAAUAUAAUAAAAGAAGCUUUAUGAAGGUAAAAUUAGUUUUUAUAUUGAUGAAGAAGAAAAAAAAGAAAGAUAACAUUUCCCAUUGAAUUUUUCAUCUUAAUUUUUUUUUUUCGAGAUAAUUUAUAAAAUGCAUAUAAUCACUGAGAUUGAAGAGCAGAGAGAGAAAGAGAGAGUGUUUUUGGUGUGAGGAUGAAAGUGAAUACAAUUAUUAUCUACUGUGGCUAAUAUGCAUGAAAGAAAAGAAAAAAAAAGAAGCAUUGUAGUAAUUAAGUGUAAUUAACAAAAUAUAAAAAUGUGGUGUAUAAAGCAGAAACUAAAUUUUACCAAUUUAAAGACAUGAAUUUGUAAAACUGUUUAUUAUUAGGUUUUUCUCCUUCUUAGACAUUAGUUAACGUGCAGUUUGAUAAUUAUAUUUUCAAACCUGAUUAUUUCCUUUAUUAAAAAAAAAUUAUUGAGACAACGUCUGACUGAAAGAAAUUGUCAGAAAAUCCUAUUUAAAAAAAAAUGUUCAUUGUCAGUUUCCCAAAUGAUUAAAAUCUAAAAAAAUGCUUUUUACUGUUAAUAAAAAAUCGAUAUUUUAAUACAAUUGCACAUUGUAUAAAAUGAAUUAAGAGACAUCUUUUUAUUGAUUAAAAAUCCUUAAAAGUGAAAAAAGGUGAAAAGUUAUUGGCAGAAGGAUUUUCCUAUAUUUAACGUGGUGAAGAAAAAAAAAUUUGAGAGAAAAAAUAUAAAUGUUAAUGCUUUUGUCACAUUGGUGAAGAUGAGAAAUGCAGAAGAGUCAAAAUAAAAUCAAUUUGAUAUUAAAUUUUAUUACAACUUAACAGAUGUAGAAAUUGUUAAGAUUCCAUUUAAUUUGCUUCUUAUUAUAUUUAUUGAAAUGAAAAAAAAAAUAAUAAUACAAUGUAAAAUAAUAA